GGUAAUUUGAAUAAGUGAUUCACUUAAUUAUCCAGUCCUUGGCUAGCACUAUUUAACACAAGCUUUAUUGGACACAAGAAGUUAAGCUUUAAAGUUAUAAAUUUUACUUAUAAAUUUCAGAUUUAAUCUUUCUAAAGUCUGCAAUCCGUGACUGGAGAAAGUUUUCAGAUGCUUUCACAAGAAAAAGAGCUAAGCAUUCACAUCGCAUCCAGACGAUUGAAAGUGGCAGUUAUGUAGUUGGUGAAACUUUUCGAAAUAGCUCUAUGUACAAAAAUGAGGGUAAGACUAUUCCUGUAAAGGAUCUCAAGCCAAAUGAGAAUUUCGAAAAAUAUAAAAGGGACCUUCUAAUCAAAGUCAAGUCUCAAAGGAGGAAAAUAAGAGAUCAUGACCAGCUCCGAAGAUCUAAGAUGAAUCUAGUCAUUAGUUCUAGGGUCAAAAAAUUUUAAUCAUAUUGCUCAAGAGCAACAGAUCAUUGCCCAGAAGGUACAAAAAGUGGCUUUGAUCAAUAAGAAGAAAUUCAAGAAACCUCUUGCUCGUAAAAAUCAUAGCUCAAGAGAUAAUUCUUUGAUUGCUAAGCCUAGCCUAAUGGUGAAUCUUGUAAAGCAAAGGCGUAACUCUGUGUUCGGGCUCAUUCCAGAGAAGAUUCCUCUCCAAAAGCCUUCUAGUGACCUAAAAUAAGACGAAAUCUAGCUUAUUAAUUCAAAGACAAAGAAAUGGAUUUGCUAAAAAUGCCAACUUUGACAUAGAAGUAGUAAAGAAAGAUAUCCUUGGAGAAAUCAAGGAGAAAUUUAGCAAGAAGCACAGCUUGAUUGAAGAAGUUACCCCGCUGGAUAAAUAACCUCAAGAGGACCAUUCAGUAUAGGUCUAAUAGCACCGGAUGUAGAGGAGAUGACAGAGCCAAUCGGUUUGCAGACAGCUGAUUAUCAGAUAAUGAGGAAAUUAGAAUCUCCAAAAAUUUGAAGUAUUCCUCAAAAUAAAGGGUUUUUCAGAAUUUCUUCAAUGUCUAAAACACCUGUAAAUAACCAACCAAAUGUGAAGAAGAGCAAUAUGUUUUUGAAGCCGAAAAUAGAGACUUAUAAAAGUCACAGAAGGAAGAUCUCAGAUACGAAUAAGAGUCAGUAUGAAAUGACUGAAACUGAGAUUUCUAAUAUGAGUAAGGAGGAAUUUCUUAGAUGGGUGAAGCAAAUCGUGUAAUAAAA